CGUUAUUUCAAUGUAACACCGAUGAGCAGCAAUCGAAUCGAAAAUGAGCAAGGGCUGCUGGAAAUUCGACGAAGAGGACAAAGCCUUGUAUAUAGAUCUGGAGGAGGAAGACACGGAGGAGGAUAAGCUGUACAAGGAGUACAGCUCCUGGGAUCAGAUACCUGACAUUCUGCUGGAGGAGAUAUUCUCGUAUCUGACCAUUCGCGAGCGUUACUAUGCGUCUUUGGUCUGCCGAUCUUGGUAUCGUGCCUUCAAACUGCAGAACGUAUGGUCCACGUUUACCCUGGAGGACACCACCCUCACGCGAGGGAAGUUCAACUACUACAGCGGCUGGCAGUACGUCCUGGAUCACUUAAGAACGUCCACCUGUCUGAACAAAGUCGGAAGGAACUUCCGCACCCUCGUGUUCGAGCCCAUGUUGAAUUUUUACAAUCUUUACGAAUUCAUGAACAUGAUAUCGUGGUACGCUGAACGACAAGGAUCGGAUAACACGUCUGUGGCUGGCGUGGGUACCUACGUUCGUAGGUUGAAGUUUACCUUUCCUUGUAACAUGGCGAACAGGGAUGAUCCCGAUCGAAUUAGAGUCUUUGGCACUGGUGGAAAACUGCUGGAGGCACUCAAGAGACUGAUGAGAAACCUGCAGAAUCUCAGAUGUCUGGAGCUGAUAGAUCUAAUGCUCGACAGCAACGAAGCGUUGUACUUAAUGGACGACAUCUGUACGAAUUGCACUCAGACAUUGUCGAAAUUGAUAUUGAUAAACACCACACGUUACAAUUGUCCAUUAUUACAUGUAGGAGUAUUUAUUAACUUAAACGUUUUAGUCAUUAGUCCCCAAAAUUUGCAUGAGGAUAUAAUAGAAUUAAUAGGAUACACAAAAUUGAGGCAUCUUCAUAUUCUGCAAAAUCGAUACAGUCCAAAGGACACUACCAUAAGAUUGCCAAAGAGAUCAUCUUGGAUCAAGAUGAAAAAGAGCAAUCCUUAUUUGAAAGUUCACUUUGAAAUAGAAAGUCAUAAAGCUUCGGAUAUCCUUUUGCCUAUCGACUUACUGGAACAUAGCGCUAUACCGUGUCACAGUAUAGUAUUGGAUAAUCCAAAUACACAACUUUCGCCAUCCAUGGUACUCACUCACGGAGCAUUUUUCGACUCGACAAUACGGGUGUACGCUUUUAAGGGAGUUACGAGAUACUAUCUACACAGGAGCUUCGCUAAGAGAUUGGACGAGGCGUUAGUGCAAUUCUGCCGAAUGUGCCCGAAUCUGCAUACACUGAUGAUCCGAGAUAAAAUAUCGACUGCUACGAUUUUAGAGAUUGUUUCUACCGCGAAAUGCUUACGCUGCUUGUAUGUUCGACGAAACGUAGUUCUGAAGAGAUGUGACAGAGCUUGGUCAAAAAUUCUGGAUAGAUCACCCGAGUAUUAUCAAUGGAUCAAGGUAAAUAGCUGUAGUUACGAGAACACAGAGCGAGAAGUGUCCAGAAUAUUGGGCUAUCGAUGGCACAUGUUAUCCGAAAAAGAAUUUAAAGCGCAAAUAAUCAAUAUGCAUAUAUAA